UUUUUUUUUGUGUGCUCGCGGGUUGUUGAGGCCACUUGUCAGGCAGCCAACCCCUCAGUUUCAAUCGGAAAAUUUCCACCCUGCAAUUUGACGGCGAUUCGCCUGCGCAAUUUCGCAGGUGCAUUACAGGCCGAUUUCGGAUAGUUUUCAACCCGUUAUAUCACAAAAUGCAUUAUUGGACUUCAAAUUCACUAUUUUAGUCCUAUGUGCGCGACGACUGCCGUCGGCGAACUCGGCACUGGAGAUGCGGGGCCAGCCGAUCAUGCACCAGAGCAUGUGGAGGACAACCUCGGUGGUGAGGAGGCGUUCGAAGAAUUGGCAGAGGCGGCCGAGGCUGACGAGGCGAAGGCCGACGAUGAAGUGGCAGGAGCUGGGGAGGCGGGAGAGGAAGAUGCAUACGCGGAACAUGAUGGCGAAGAGCGGGUAGAGGAAGAUGGUGCGGACGAGGAUGCCGAGGAGGAGGAGGAGGAGGAAGAAGAGGAGGAGGAGGAAGAGGGGGAUGGGGAGGAGGAGGAGGAAAGGGAGGAAGAGGAGGAAGAUGAGGAAGAGGAGGAGGAGGAGGAGGAGGAGGAGGAGGAGGAAGAAGAGGAGGAGGAGGAGGGGGAUGAGGCGGAAGAAGAGGAGGGAGGGGAGGAGGCAGUCGGGGUGGAGGGCAUGCAGGUGGUGGCGGCCAACGACGACUCGGAUGCUAGUGCCCACUACCUGCGAAACAUGCGGAGCGCGCGAGCGCAGGCGCUGAGUAAGCAGUCUACAUGGGACGAGGAGGAGGAGGCCGAGCGCAUGCUGAGGAAGGGACAGAGCAGCAAAUUUGAGGCAGCAGCCAAGGAGCUUCAGCAGCGAGAGUGCAGCAUCAGGGGGAGUACCAACAGCAGAGGUAGAGCAGAAGCAGAGGGAGUACCAGCAGCAGAGGUAGAGCAGCAGCAGAGGGAGUACCAGCAGCAGAGGUAGAGCAGCAGUAGAGAGAGUACCA